AUGGCAAAACUAACUGACGAUGCCGACUACGAUGCCGGCGAAACGUCUGGGAAUGUAGCACGUCCACGGUACGACUUUGGAAAUGAUCAUGCAUACAAUGGACUUCGGACUAGGUGCGUUCCUCUAAGCCUUCCCACCAAUAUGACCAAAUUGCGAAAACACGAUCAAACAACCUCAAUACCA